AUGGCGUUGACGCUUCGCCCCGCCGUACGUACGGAUGCUCCCGAUAUCAUUCGAAUGCGAGAGGAAGUUGGAUGGGAUGCUGCCCGUGUUUAUGAUUGGUUCGACAUCUGUUCAUAUCAAUACGGAUCACCAGAGUGCCCCACAUCUUUUGAUUAUGUUUCUUAUACGGACGAGGCCAUCACGAUUGACCUGAGUCGUCUACAGCACCCUCCUGAUGGAAGAAUCUUUCGACUAUGGGUAGCAGAGACUGAGAAGGAAGUGGACGGUCAUGCUGAGCCGGAACGCACCAAGGUCAUCGUUGCGGCUAUUGGGUUAUCCCACAUUGAUCUAGAUGAAAUGGAUCCUGAUUUGGCAUGUUGGGAGCGUCGACGGGGACUAGUGAGAUCACUUGCAGUAUUCAACGCAUUCAAAGGGCAAGGAAUCGGCACAUGGAUGAUGAGAAGAAUUGAAGGUGAGGCACGACAUUUAGGUCUCAAGGUCAUUACAUCCCUCGUGCCAAUGGAAGCUACUGCAUCCCUGGCUUUGCACAAAAAAAUCGGCUAUCGUGUAUUUAAGCGUGCACCUAGAAAUUGGGCUGAGGACGUACUGCAUUAUGAAAAAGUGCUGGACUGA